AUGCGGUCCACACUGCUCAAUCUGUUUCUGGCAGUUCCAGCGCCAGUCCUCGCCCACAUCCACUCUAAGCACGCCCGCGCCGAGCAUGCAAGCCAGGCGUGCGCGGAUAUCAAAUCCCAGAUCUCCAGUGCUAGCUCUGUGAUUGAUGGAACCAUUGAGCUCAGCUUGACGGAUGAUACUCAUCAUUGGUUCUUUGAAUCAAGCAGCGAGACACCAACAUGCGUUGUCGAAGUUGGCUCUCCAGCCGAUGUAUCGAUUGCCGCGCCAUUCGCCUUGUAUAGUGCAGGUCAUGCGUCAAACCAGGGAUUCUCAAGCACGAUCGGGGUCCACAUUGCCUUCAAACGGAUGAACCAGGUUUCGCUGUCGGCCGAUAAAUCCAGGGUUGAGAUUGGCAUGGGAAACACAUGGGCUGACGUAUACGAGAAGCUGGAUGGGACAGGAGUAAAUGUUGUAGGUGGUCGAGUCAAAGGGCCGGGUGUUGGUGGUUUUACACUCGGUGGUGGAUACUCUUGGAAAACAAACCAAUACGGGCUCACCAGCGACACUGUUGAAAGUUUCAACGUUGUUCUACCUAAUGGGACAAUUUCUAGUGCAUCAGCAGACACAAACCCAGAUCUCUUCUUUGCACUGAAGGGUGGUCUUAACAGAUUCGCUGUGGUCACUUCUGCGGUAUACCUUACUCAUCCACAGACUGACCAAGUCUAUGCUGGACUUACAGUCUACGGAGAAGACCAGGUUGAUGCCGUUUUGAAUGCGACUCAGGUCUUCUCGGAUGUCAACACCGAUCCAAAAGCUCAGAUUAUCACCACCAUUAAUGCAACACCUAUCGGCACUUCCGCUCUGGUUCUUUUCUUUUACGAUGGACCGGAUGCGGGUACCGUCUUUGAAAUGUUCGAUGGAGUUGACCAUACAAUAAGUCUUGUCAAGCAACAGACUUUCUCAAACUUUGUGUCGACUGUUGACUCUUCUGUGUCUGUAAAUCCGCGUGGAACUUUCAAUAGCCUGCCGACUACGAAGACAACACCGGGUUUUCUGGCUGCAGUUAAGAAUCAGGCCACGGCACUGUUCGCUCAAGGGCAUGGUGGCCUGAUUUUAAGUUAUGAUAUCGAGCCAUUCCUCAUGUACGGACAGCAUGCUACCGAGGGUGCAUACCCGCACGACAACUCGCCCUUGCCGCUGAAUCUUUAUUUCUCAUGGACCUUCUCCUCGGAUGAUCAAUACUGGAACGACAUGAUGGUGAAUGCAGUUUCACAGCUCAGGGACGUCGCGCGGCAGGAGGGCAUCUUUGACGAAACUUCUGCGGUAUACCCCAAUUAUGCGAUCAAUGGGACGACUGCUGAGGAGCUGUACGGGCCUGCGAACGCUGCCAGGCUGAGGACGAUCAAGGCCAGCGUUGAUCCAGAAGGUGUGAUGAAUUUGGCUGGAGGGUUUGACAUAUGA